CAAGUGGACAAGGGGACGGGUCGAGGGCAGGGCUAGGAGCAGGGGCAGCUCAGAUCUCGCAGGGGCAUCCCUGGGGAGCGGCUCCCUGCGUCACGUGGGACCCGCCCUGCGACGGCGUGUUGCAAGCUCCGGGCAGCCGUCGUGGAGCUGGAUUUCCGCGGUUGUGAAAGGAGGUGGCAGCGGCGAUCUCCCGGCUUCUCUGCGUGGGGUCCGGGGGAUCGGCGAUGGCUGGCCGUUGCGGGGCCCGCGGCGCCCUGUCGCCACACUUGCUGCUCUUCGACCUGCCGCCCGCGCUGCUGGGCGAGCUGUGCGGGAUCCUGGACAGCUGCGAUGGCCCGCUGGGCUGGCGGGGCCUGGCCGAGCGACUUUCAAACAGCUGGCUGGAUGUUCGUCAUAUUGAAAAAUAUGUAGACCAAGGUAAAAGUGGAACAAGAGAAUUGCUCUGGUCAUGGGCGCAGAAAAACAAGACCAUUGGCGACCUUUUACAGGUUCUCCAGGAGAUGGGGCAUCAACGAGCUAUCCAUUUAGUUGUGAACUAUGGAGUAAGCUGGACUCCUUCAGUGCAGACUCAUCACGAGCUUCAAUUUCCCAACUUACCACCUAACGUGAAGCCUACGUGCAGAGAAAAUGGCCCUGGACCUCUGGAACCAGCCAAUGUCACAUUGGUUAAUGUUCUUGUUCCUGAACAUAAUGAAAAAGGAAUACUGCAUAAAACUCCAAUCAGCUUCCAAAGUAUCCUAGAAGGAACCAAACAUUUCCACAAAGACUUCCUAAUUGGAGAAGGGGAGAUAUUUGAAGUCUAUAGAGUGGACAUUCAAAACCAAACAUACGCUGUUAAAUUAUUUAAACAGGAGAAAAAAAUGCAGCUUAAGAAGCACUGGAAGCGAUUUUUAUCAGAGCUGGAAGUUUUACUCCUGUUCCGUCACCCCCACAUACUAGAGCUGGCUGCAUAUUUCAUGGAGACUGAGAAACUUUGUCUGGUUUAUCCCUAUAUGAGCAAUGGGACGCUUUUUGACAGAUUACAGUGCACAAAUGGCACAAUCCCACUUUCCUGGCACGUUCGAAUCAGCAUAUUGAUAGGAACAGCCAAAGCCAUCCAAUGCUUGCACAACACCCGGCCGUGCGCUGUCAUCUGUGGCAACAUUUCCAGUGCAAACAUACUCUUGGAUGACCAGUUCCAACCCAAACUAACCGAUUUUGCCGCGGCGCACUUCCGACCCAACCUAGAGCAGCAGAGUUCCACCAUAAAUAUGACCGGCAGUGGCAGGAAACAUCUGUGGUACAUGCCAGAAGAAUACAUCAGACAGGGGAGACUUUCUGAUAAAACUGAUGUCUACAGCUUCGGAAUCGUGAUCAUGGAGGUUUUAACAGGCUGCAAAGUGGUGCUGGAUGAUCCCAAGCACGUUCAGCUGCGGGACCUCCUUAUGGAACUGAUGGAGAAGAGAGGCCUAGACUCGUGCCUCUCAUUCUUAGACAGGAAGAUACCGCCCUGUCCUCGAAACUUCUCUGCAAAGCUCUUCUCUCUGGCAGGCCAGUGUGCAGCAACGAGGGCCAAGUUAAGACCCAUGAUGGAUGAAGUCCUGAACACUCUGGAGAGCUCCCAGCCUAGCUUAUAUUUUGCAGAAGACCCUCCCACUUCCUUGAAGUCCUUCAGGUGUCCUUCUCCACUGUUCUUGGAUAAUGUCCCAAGUAUUCCAGUAGAAGAUGAUGAAAACCAGAAUAACCAUUCAGUACCUCCCAAGGAGGCUUUGAGGAUGGAUAGAGUGACUCAGAAAACCCCUUUUGAAUGCAGCCAGUCUGAGGUUACCUUUCUGGGCUUGAACCAAAACAAAGGGAAAGGGGGAAGUGAAGCUGCUUGCAACAUGCCCAGUUCUUCUUAUGGGGAAUGUUGGUGCCCAGAGCUUGCGGCGCCAUCCCAGGACUUAAGUCCUACUGUGAUCAGUUUGGGCUCCUCUUGGGAAGUACCAGGCCAUUCUUAUGGGAACAAGUCAGUGGAGAAGAGGUGCUCCUCUGGACACUUUUGCAGUGAGAACGAACAGUCCAAAAAGCAGUGAAUUCAUCAGAAGAUAAAGAAAAAGCAAGUCAAAUGUCGCUGAAGGCAUCUGAGCAAAUAGCGUCGCCAUGGAAGGACACGAGCUCUGAACCCUGGGAGUACAGCCAAGGGACCAACUGAUGGAGAAUCUGAAUGGGGCACAUAAGCAGCAAGGAAGUGUGUUCCUUCCUCCAAACAGAAUAAUUUCUUUUUUUGUUUUGUUUUUUUGUUUUUUGGGGGGAGGGUUGGGGGGACAGGGUUUCUCUGUGUAGCCCUGGUUGUCCUGUAACUCACUCCGUAGACCAGGCUGGCCUCAAACUCAGAAAUCUGUGUGCCUCUGCCUCCCAAGUGCUGGGAUUAAAGGCAUGUGCCACCACUGCUCGGUGAAACAGAAUAAUUUCAAGAGAUGCUUUAUCCAAGUGACCGCCUCUCAGUCAAACAUGAGAGUCUAAACUGGAGCCAGUCAGAGCUAUACAAGAUUCUGGCAAUCAAAACCUAGCAAGGACUAGCAGGAACCUUAAGUCUCUCUCUUUCUCAUCAUCUGAGUGAGACCUUGGUAUAGGUGAACAGAGAACCACCCACAUGCCAGAACCAGGUUCUCCCCAAGCUGGCCUUCAGCCACUCAAUCUCAGCAGCUAGUAGUCACGGCAGCCAAACUGAUACAUUGUCAUUCUCCCUCUGCCCUUGUGCUACACCCUUUCUAAAACCAGGGUCUUCAAGGCCCACCCCUUUCUUUUCCAUCCUCACUCAGAGGUAGCCUUUUGUAUAUGCCCCCUGACACUACCCCAAUAUAUCUCUCAUAUGAGGUUUGUUGCACGGUGUGACUCUGUGGCAUUGCUUGGUUGUCAGAUCAUUUGGAAAAAAAACCAAACAAAUGAAUAAACAACAACAAAAGCCCACCAUCAUUACCACCAGCACUCAAUGCCAGUCUUUCUACUAGGGAUUUGGACAGUCUAUUGGCUUUCCAUCGUCAUAGGAAAUGUUGCUCAAAUGGAAAGGUUGUAGGAAAUGUCUAAUUUGUAAAUGGUGUUGGGUGCCUUUGGAAGGAAUUGUGUUUUUACGGCGAUUGGCAGUUGCUACUCUUUCAUUUUUCACUGGUUAACCUGUCUGUCUAGAAGUGAGCCAAGUCACCCUUGCUAGGGUUUGUUCUGUGUAGAGAGAGAAAUGCAGUCCAAAGUCUGCAUUUCUGUAUUUAAAUUCUUAGAAGAGUUGCCCGUGUUACUCCAAUUGUUAUAAAAACUAUAUUAAAAAAAGUUACAGUGC